CUAACCUUCCCAGCGAAUCGGAUCUGGAGAGCCCCCCUCCAUUUGCGGGGGCUGCGAAGGGCCGAGAUGGAGCCUAGUGGGGUGGGAGGGAGAAGGGGCAUCCCGGGACCCUCCCAACCCUUCUCGCAGGGCGCUUCCCGGAGCCUCCGCUCGGGCGAAACCCGACACCCGCAGCCCAGCGGUGGGACGGAGGUGGGGCCUUCAAAACCCCCCCCCAGCGCACAAGCCCCCCCCUCCCGUCGCAUCUCGGCUGGCAGCGGACCCUGCCCCGCGGCUCCCGACGCCGCCUGCAGGGCGCAGAAGCUUCCUCCGCCUCGCUCUUUUCCCAGCGCCAGCAAAGAGAAAAGCGGGCAAGGGGCGAUCCAGAGCCGAGCAGCGCAAAGCCCGCCGGGGGUGAGGUUGGGGGGGCUUGGCCGGGGCUGGGGCGGCGGAGAGCCGGCUCGGAGAUUCCCCCCCCCAACACCCCCGCACUCCUCGUUUAUCGCCUGGCCGGUCGCAGAAAAGAGAAACCCAUCCCAAGGAGAAGAUGCCCGGGCUCCGAGGCGCUUUGGAUCCCGCGCGGCGACGGCGGAGGCGACGGCGGCUAAGCGCCCGGAUCGGGUCCCCCGGGGGGGACAUCUGAAGGCGGCCCGCCCGCCGAGCCAUGACGCCCCCCGCCUGGGCGUGAGCCUGGCUGGCGCUCCUGGCGGGAAGCGAUCCUAAGCGCUCGGGGGUCUGCCCGGGCGGAGGUGCGCGCCUCGAACAGCCGCCGGUGGGAGAAGGAAAUCCUUCGAGGCCUGGAUUAGUCACACCCUUCACUCGCCUAUCGCCCCAAAAGUGCCUAUCUAUGCAUCGACCCAGAUUUCCAAUGUCCUGACUGGGUCUAAGAUGAAGGUAUGGAAGUUUGCAGCCAUAGGCACUAUGGUUUUCGGCUCCAUGCUCUCCGUUUUGGUUUGUAGAGACAUGCUCAGCCGGAGCCUCAAAUCCGCUGCCUUCCCUUUGUCGCUGUUCUCCAGAACUGCUGCCACUGACGCCUCCUCCUCCUCUCCUUCGUUGGCCCAGGGAUCCAGAAGAUUUCCGCGGGAGCUGGGACGCCGCAGGUCGCUGAUCUCCCAGUACAGCACUUUGUUUGAGAGCUACACGGAAGGGGAAAUCCACCAACUGAUCUCCACCCUGAUUGAGCGCUACAGCCAAUCCAUGAAUUCGGGAGGACACGAGCUGCCACUCUUUGCCAAAGCCGGCAACCGGAUGAAGCGCGCCAAGGCCCGCCACAAACCCUGCUCCCUCAAGGAGCUAGAGGUGACCAUCAGCGAGCUAGGCCUGGGCUACAAUUCGGACGAGACGGUCCUCUUCCGCUACUGCAGCGGGACCUGUGACUCGGCCGUGCGGAACUACGACAUCUCCCUGAAACAUGUACGAAGCAUGAGGAAGAUCCGGAAGGAGAAGGUGCGAGCUCGUCCAUGCUGCAGACCAUUGUCUUACGAUGAUGACGUCUCGUUCUUGGACACGGGGAACCGAUACUACACCGUAAACGAGGUGUCGGCCAAGGAAUGCGGCUGCGUGUGACCGGGAGGAUGAAACGCCAACGAGAAGGAAGAGAGUCUCCAUUUCUCCCUUGGCUUCACCCGUGAGGUACUAGCCAGGGUGCACCUCCAAGCCAAGGAGAGCAGACGAGAGAGGACCAGACGUGGACAACUGCUUGGAAGGUCUACCUCAAGGAUGGUGUUGGAGGCAUAGGGCCAAAGGACAGCAUCUUUGGCAGGAUACACCGAGCAGCUGAGGAGCAGAGAUGGCUAUAUUUGGGACGUCCCCUGAUAACUUCCACCUUCUGACCAGAGGGGUUAUGAGGCACUGGACGGAAGGCUGUUCUUUUGAGUCUUGACCAACAUGCAUUCUCGGCUUCUCAGGACAGACGUUGUGUGGUUGGGGAGGAAAAACGAGAGCACUUAACUCCUUCCCCGAUUUGCGUGCUUGAGGAAAGGGUUUCGUCUGUGAUUCUCGACAGAUCGCGUCUGCUGACAUCUUGGAGCAACCGCCGAGAGUCUGCACGGGUGAAGCCUGGGAGGUCCUCCGUUAAGUGAUUCCAUUUGGGAACCAAAGCGGGGCCUCAAUUCCUGUCUGGCAGGCCAAGAGUUCGUUUCUUUAAAAAAAGACUUGCAGGAAAAGAGGCUGACAGGUUGUGGAAUUCUUCCCUUCCGUCGUCAGACAAGGAUCGUAAUGUUAUGUUACUGUACAGGCUCCGUGAUCAACAGGACUGAUAUAAGGAAUGUGGAUCCAAGUCUAAAAUAUUGACAUAUAAUGUACAAAACCUUCAUUCUUCAGCUGGCAUUUCAUCAACUUCUUAAUGGGGUCUGUUUCAGGCAGGUUCUGUACACGUUGCAGAGCUGAAUUUAAGAGGCGAAGGUCGGUGUGCAGUUCAGACACAAGACACCUGUUGAGGAAUGGCAGAAGGCCCCGGGUUCAAUCUCUGAGGCCUGCUGGGAGGGAGAUGCCAAACAUCCUGCAUCCAGUUGAGUGGGCUUAAUACAAGGCAGCUGUUCCCACAAUCCCUACGGGGCAGAGAGAUCCUGAGGACCAGUAACUUAGUUUGCUUUUAGGGGACAGGUUGUAGACUAAGGAAGACUGGCGUUUCAGGAUCCUGGAGGGUAUGGGUGAUUAGGAGCCACGGGUGUUUUGAGUUCAAGAGUGGGGCUCACUCCCUGUUCUCAAGAGCUGCUAUUAAUACAAGAGACUCCCUCCCUCUCUCUCCCUCCCUCCCUCUCUCUCUCUCUUUCUCCCUCUCCC